CUGGAUUCUGAACACUGCACCGUUUCUGCAACGCCCACGGACUCAGGAACGGUCUAGCUUCCACGUACCUCCUCAGUCCUUCUGUUUGACUGGGCUUCGCGAGCGGAGAUCCCAUUUCCCCGGGCCUUGUCAUUCUUGACAGGCUCCUCACUCGAGCUCCUGAACCUCCCCCUAAAGACAGCUUUCCACCCAAGACGUGUCCUCGAACGCAUCGAGGAAGCAGCCAAGAUGGCGACAGGCAACCAUAUGCAUAAUCUAACGACCUUGAUCAAGCGGCUGGAAGCUGCUACGUCGCGUCUGGAGGACAUGGCUAUGUCCUUCGACGGCGGCAGUGAACAUGUCGGGCAAAAUGCAUCCAACAAUGGAGCUAUCCCCGCUGGUGGACAGAUUGCGCCUCCUGAGCCUCCUAAAGCGCCGACUCCUGCACCCGCCCCGAGCGCCGUACCACCGGAAAUCGCGGACUUUGAUGCCUUGAUCAAGGAGGACGUUGGUAAAUUUGUGGAGAUCGGACAGAAUAUUGGAGGCCUGGUUGCGGAGCAGUCAAAAGCAGUGCUGCAGGCUUUCCAGGCGGAGCGCACCUAUAUCUAUGUAGCCACGAAAGCGAAGAAGCCGGAGCCGCAUCCUCCAGAGCUCAUGACCGAGCUCCACAAGGCUUCAGAUACCAUCAACAACCUCAGAGAAUCGAACCGAGCGUCGCCGCUGUUUAACCACCUCAGCGCUGUCGCUGAAGGCAUUGUCGCGCUCGGCUGGUUCUUUGAGUCGAAGCCCGCGGAUUUCGUGAAUGAGAUGCAGGGUGGCAUUGAGUACUACGGAAACAAGGUCCUGAAGGAGUACAAGGAGAAGGAUGCGACACAUGUGCAGUACAUUCAAGGCUACUACCGUAUCUUCAAGUCGCUUGCGGCGUAUCUCAAGAAGCACUACCCCAAGGGCCUGACAUGGAACCAGAACGGCACCGACGCUCUCGAAGCUCUUAAAGAAAUCAAGUCUGGCUCUGGCGCAGUCCCAGUUCCUUCAGUACCAACCAUCAGCACACCAGCUGGUGGUCCUCCUCCACCUCCGCCUCCUCCACCUCCACCACCAGCUGAUCCCACACCCGCUCCUACAUCGUCUGCUUCUAAGGGCGGAGAUAUGUCCGCCGUGUUUGCGGAUCUGAACAAAGGAGAGGCGAUCACAUCUGGCCUGCGCAAGGUGGACAGGUCGCAAAUGACGCACAAGAACCCUAGCCUGCGCGCAAGUUCGACUGUCCCAGAGCGUCCCGACUCGCAAGGUAGCAACAGCUCCUCUCGGGGCAAGUCACCCGCUCCGCCGGGCAAGAAGCCCAAGCCUGAGAGCAUGCGUGCCAAGAAGCCACCGCGUAAGGAGCUGGAAUCCAACAAGUGGUUCAUCGAGAACUUCGACAACCCCGGCGAAAUCAUCGAGAUCCCUGCUCAGCAGAACCACUCGAUCCUGAUCAGCCGCUGCAACAAGACCAUCGUCAAGAUCUCCAACAAGGCAAACGCCGUCUCCAUCGACAACUGCACCGGUCUCUCCAUCAUCGUCGACUCCCUCGUCAGCAGCUUGGAAGUCAUCAAGUCUCCCAAGUUCGCCCUUCAGGUCGACGGCGUCGUCCCCACCGUCCUCCUCGACCAGGUCGACGGCGCAACCGUCUACCUCGGUAGCCAGAGUCUGGACACGGAGGUCUUCACCAGCAAAUGCACCUCUGUCAACGUCAUGCUCCCACCCAAGGAGGGUACAGAUGAAGACACCAAGGAAUGUCCCGUCCCAGAACAAAUCAAGAGCUACGUCAAGAACGGCACUCUCAUCCACGAGAUCGUCGAGCACGCCGGCUGAAAAGAGCAGGAGGAGUGGGGUGGGGGGGGAACCUAUACUGUGUAAUUAGUAACAUCUUUUGUUUGUGGAGGUGCGAGGUGAGCGUGCUGCAUGUGGCUUCCUGGAUAUACUCUGCAACCUAGCUAGCUAGCUAGCGUCUAUCAUUAUCUUGUUUCGUUCUCCGGUCUAUUACUUUCCGGAGUCGAGAGGGAUUCAAAAACGGGAAUUAACCAUCCCAUCCCGCGUAUUUGAGUAAAUCAACUCUAGAU